GUGGUGCAUUACUGCAUCUGAAGCCUCAUAGCUAUGGCAUUCUCCUCUCUAACUCCAAUCUUCAUAGCAAUAAUCUGUGUCUUGAUAGGAAUAAUACUGAAAGGCAGCAAGAAAAGCAACAAAAGAGAGGAGAGCAAAACCAACAGCAAGAAGACAGAGUCACGCCCAUGGGUGGAUGAAGACUUAAAAGAUAGCACUGACCUUCAUGUAGAAGAAGAAGAUGACGACGGUGGGGAAUGGCAAGGAUUAGAUGACAACAUUGUUCACGUCCCUUUCUCGACUGAGCGUUACUCUGAAGAAGACAUGGUUAGAAGAUCAAAGGAUUUUUACGAGCUUCUCAAUAAGAGACGGUCCGUCAGGUUUAUAAGCGAUGAGCCUGUUCCAAGGGAGGUGAUUGACAAUGUGAUUAAAGCAGCAGGAACAUCUCCCAGUGGGGCACACACUGAGCCUUGGACCUUCGUAGUAGUGCAAGAUACAGAAAUAAAGCACAAGAUCCGAGAGAUUAUUGAAGAGGAGGAAGAAAUUAACUACAAGAAAAGAAUGGGAGACAGAUGGGUGAAUGACUUGAAAAGGCUGAGGACAAACUGGAUCAAAGAGUAUUUGGAUACAGCUCCCUACCUGAUCCUUAUUUUCAAGCAGGUGCAUGGAAUGCAUCCAGAUGGAAAAAAGAAAACCCAUUACUACAAUGAGAUCAGUGUUUCUAUUGCCUGUGGCAUUCUCCUCGCUGCACUGCAGAAUGUGGGUCUGGUGACUGUUACCACCACACCGCUGAACUGUGGCCCACGCCUGAGAGUGUUGCUCCAGCGCCCAGUGAACGAAAAGCUCCUUCUGCUAUUGCCUGUUGGGUACCCCAGUAAGAGUGCAACGGUGCCUGACUUGACACGAAAGCCACUGGAUGAAAUCAUGGCAGUUCUAUAGAUGUGGAGCAAUUGGGAGGAGAAAAUAGAUUUGAAAAUAGAUUUGCUGUUGAGAGUAGUUUGCAGGAUGUUUAUUUUUGUGGCCAGUUCAGACAUGCAGCCGCUUACUCACAACUGCAAUCAUGUGACGAUGCUGUGUGUACGCUAGAUGUACGUAUAUACCUGGUUAAAUAUUAUUGCAACCAUUCUCAUGAGAAUGUGUGAUUAGGACUUGCUGGUUCACAUUCAGCUGACACCACAUUGUCAAAGAUGCACACAGGGCCAAAGACAGCCACUUCAGAAGAAUCAGGCAGCAUGCCGGAUUGGGCACAUAUCUUCUUCUUCCCUUAUCUCAUUCAGACAUGUUUUAUCUGUGUGCUUCUCUGGCUGUUUAUACUCAAACAUCUUCAAACCACUAAUAAUGACAACAAGGGUGUUCACUAAUAAAAGUAAGCCAUCAGAAUAAGUAAACUUGAUAAGAAUAGUUCCUGAUGAGUAUUAUUGAUUGUUCCAAGGGGAAACAUGCAAUGACAUUUAAAUAACCUUCAUCACUUCAAUUUCCACUCUCCCUGGUCCGCAGCACUUAAUGCUUUGUCUUGAUGUCUGGGUGAUUUUGAUUUGUAUGGGGGGGGUGUGGGUGUGUGUGUGCAUGUUCUGGCAGAAAGAAUGGGAAUUAGAACAGCCAGGGCCUGGUCUUUAGGGAUGUUCUCUCUGAAUAUAAAGGAGUUUUAUAUUGCUUUGGGGAACCAUUUUCUCUACCUUGAGCUCUGCAUAGAAAUAACAAUUUUACAGGGCCAGUGUUCAGUGUCACUGCUUAGUUUUAGAGCAUAAUACUUCAUUUCACAAAUUAUUUGUGAAAUAAUAAUGAGGAAGAGUGUUUCUAAGUGUGUGCCUUUCCCUCCCUUCUGAAGAACCACAAAAAACAUCUAUAGUGGGAGACAUCCAGAGAUGUCUAUCACUACCAUAAUGCACUUGUGCAGAGGGAAGAACAUAGAGUAACCUCUUUUCCAGAGUUGUUCUUGCACUAGCAGAAGACAUUACAGUACCUCUUUCACAAGUUCUUCUCCCACUAGGUGUUGCAUCAGACUGCAGAGCACGGCGAGUGCUAACACAAUGAGCUUUGAAGUCAGAGGUACAGGGUUCAGGCAAGGAUGAGCCCCAGCACCUCUCAUUUUAGAAAGGAAGCUCUGAAACACAUGUGGUGUGGUUUUCCACUCCCCCGGUCAGUAUAAGUUUUCAUGGGCUAUCACCACAAUGGGUAUGUUUCCUUGCAGGAUGGAUGUUUAUGGACAUAGAAGAAAGUCCCAUUUUAUUUAAUAGGAAUUAUUACCAAGUAAAUGUCCUUAGGACUGUACCCACGGUUACUCUGAGUUGAUGUUUGCUUGUAUGAAGAUACUACCAACAUCUGCUCUGAAUAAGCAGAAGUAUUCUUUUAUGGAAUGAAGUGGAAACGUUUCUGGAAUAAGAAGAUAUCCCUUAAUACAGUAAAGAGGCAAAUAAAAUGUAAAGAGAAGAAUUUUUGCUUUUGUGUUCCCCCCCCCCGAAGGAUCAUCUUCGAUAAAAUGAAAUGCUCCAUUUGCUAUUGUCUUUUGUGUAUUAAUUAAAGGCUUUCUAUUUGUGUGCUUGGAAUAACCGUGUAAUUUAAACUGAGAUGAGCUCCAGGCCUGAUUACAAGGUUGCUCUAUGAGCAAAUGAGCAUGCCAAGGAGUUCUCUGGUAUAAAUGUUGCUUAUCUAAUAGACUAAAACAUCCUUUUGAUUCGCAACCUCAGUGUCUGUGUGCAAGAUCAAGUGCAGUUUCAUCAGAAUAAAUUCACCAGGAACAAA